AUGGCUCGGCUAGAGGAGGAAAUCAAGAACAUAGGCCAGACGGUAACAGAGUCGCACAGGCAGAUGCGAUGUUGCAUGCAAGACAUGUUUGAUACUUUUCAGAGGAACAUUGCUAACAUGAUCCCCACACAGUGCUCUCGAGCCCACACUGAUACCCCCCAUGAUUCUCAGGCAGAUAUCCCUGAUAAUGGGAACAAGUCAGCCUCACAGCCAAACACGUCUGAAACUCGCUCCAUCAUCCAGGAUGCUUUGUUGUUCGCUAGAACAGUGGCUCCAAUCUCAGAAAAUGUCCCGUUUGCCGGAAACUCACUCAAUUGA